AUCAAAUCGGUUAAAUCAUCAGAUAAAAAAGAUCCACACGCCAACAAUGAGUUUCACCUUGUCCCGAAAAACUGGCGGCUUAAUAAGAAUAGAAGUCAUGCUCGUCAUUUUGCUACAACUCAAAUUACCGGGGAGGAAGCAACUAAUCCUGUAUCUUCAUCUAAAGACUCGAUCUCUUCCUAUGAGGAGUAUGCAUUGAGAAUCAAGUUUUAUGAGAAAAGUUCAAUGCGUGAUAUAUUAGAAGCAGGCGUUGAUCAUAAUAUUACUCCAGAACUUCAAGAUUAUGUUCUCACUGAAAUUAAGGAUAUUGAUUGCUUCAAUAUUCGUAAUUAUCCGAAGUUAAAUAAAAAUCAAAAGAAAUUUCUUGGUAAACUCAACCAUCUGCUUUUGAACGAAAAUGAUAAAAAAAACUUUGAGAAAUAUGUAAAUGAUUUUGUAUUAUUUUUGUGUGAUCAAGCAAGCCUUGAUGACGGAGUAGACUUAACCAUGGGAUCAUGCGCCUUAGUAUUAGAAUUUAAUGAAAAUGAAUUUGAAGUAGAUGCCGAUAGAAAAGGCAAAAGAGGUGCUGAAAUAGUGUGGGUGUUGUGUGAAGAUAAAUUUAAAGGAGCUAUAAAAUAUAAGAAUUGGGAAGUUCAUUUAGUGACAUGUAUGGUUGCAGCGGCUCAAUGGAAUUAUUCUAUGUUGGAUGAG